CCUCGUUUUCAUUUCCUUGCCCCCCGGUUUCUCUCGCCGUCUCUCUCUUGUCUCUUCUCUCCCCUCCCGCCCGCGCACCGCCAGGAUUCAUCAGCCGGAAAAAGGAAGGAGGUUUAUCCCCAAAACCCGGAGGAAUCAGCGGGGAAAUAUACUCCUCCCCUGUCUUCGGUCGUCAGAGCGGGUGCGCCGCCUCUGGUGCUGGCCAUGGAGGCGGGAGGAGGAGACAUCUGAGAGCGGAAAAGGAGUAGAGGACCGGACCGGCGUUUGAUUUGUGGUGGUGGUUCUUGGCCCGUGGUCUGGGCGGGCGGAAUAGCGCUUUCUUCGCCGGAAUCGAGCUGAGUGGUUUCGCUUCCAUGGCACCGAGGAAGAUGCCUUUGCUUGGUCCUCAACUGUACAAAAAAGGGCCAUUUGUUUAGUCCUCUGGUUCUGUCAAGCCUAUUUACUGUGAGUCACGUUGACUCCAAGCACCAAAAACAUGCUGCUCCUAAUUUUGCUGCGUGGUGCCCGCAAGUUGACUAAUGAAAGCUACUGGUUGUCUUGUACUGACCAGUGUGAAAGAGCGCUAUUACUUGUGAGGCUAUCAGAGGUGUUUGGUUUGGUCUAAGAAAGCUCAGCUCCCUUCUUGUCUUGCCCAUGGGAUGCUUUCUGUGAGCUGCUGUGCUGGUCCUCGGAGAGAAUAAUACAGUGCUUCAAGUUCAAGGAGCUUUGAAUCGUGCGAUUACUCUUAUAGUCUUCUUGCCAAUUGUGACUGGGAGAGAAACAGUGCUCUUCUGGGGCUUGGCUAUGUCCGUCUCGGAGAAGGUGGUACCAUCAUCAUCAGUUUCAUCAUCAUCGGAUUUGGAUCCGUUGUUGAAGGAUCUUACAGAAAAGAAGUUGAGCUUUAGGAGGAACGUUGUCUCGUUGGCAGCAGAGCUCAAGGAUGUGAGAAAUAAACUUGCUUCCCAGGAGCAGCUGUUUGUGAGGGAAUCCCAAACUAGGAAGGUUGCAGAGACAAAGGCAAGGAGCAUGGAAGAGGAAGUAAGCAAGCUGCAGAAAUGCUUACAGGAGAAGGAUGAGGAACUACGUUCAUCGACAAGUAGCACAGAACAGUACCUCCACGAGUUGGAUGAUCUUAGAACACAGCUGUCAUUUACCCGGGCUACAGCAGAAGCAAGUGCUGCAUCAGCCAAGUCAGCUCAGUUGCAGUGCUUGUCAUUGCUGAAAGAGCUGAAUGAGAAGGACUGCUCGCUGAAAGAGCACGAACUUCGAGUGAACAAACUAGGUGAGCAGCUUGAUCUUCUCCAGAAGGAUCUGCAAGCAAGGGAGCUCUCACAGAUGCAACUCAAAGAUGAAGUUAUACGGAUUGAAACUGACAUCAUGGAUGCAGUUGCUAAAGCUGGCUCCAAGUCUGACAAAGAUAAUGAGCUUCUAAAGAUCUUAUCUGAUGUUUCACCAAGGAAUGUUCAGAAUCUCAACAACCUUUUGAAUGCUAAGGAUACAGAGAUUGCGAGGUUGAGAGAGGAAAUCAGGAUAUUAUCUGCUCAUUGGACGAACAAGACCAAGGAGUUGGAAUCACAGUUGGAAAAGCACCGGAGAACUGAUCAGGAACUGAAGAAGAGGGUUCUGAAGCUUGAAUUUUGUCUACAAGAAUCACAGUCUCAGAUGCGAAAACUCAAGAGGAUGGGGGAGAAAAGGGACAAGGCACUCAAGGAGCUCAUGGACCAGGUGGUGGCCAUGAAGCAGCCCAACGGUCCCUGCCGUGACAUCAAGGAGAAUUUCUGGGAGAGCCAGGGCUUCAAGUUCAUCGCCUCCAUGUCGAUGUUAGCCCUGGUGAUCCUUGCAAAACGAUGAAAAUGGCAUCCUGAACUAAAUCAUGUAUAAAGAAGUUAGAGAUUCCAGUGGUAGGUGAGCAGCUAGCUCAUAGUUUGUAGUUUAAGAAGCUGUCGAUGUAGCGGUUCCAUUAGUUUGUAGACUUUAGGCAGUUGGGCAUGCAUACUGCAUGAUCAGAUGUCCAAACCGAAACUUGCCGACAUCCAAACCCUAGUCCUGUAGACUGUAAUAGUUGUAGUCUGUACUCUGCAGUUCAGUUUCUGUCUUGUACUGACAGCUAGUUCGUGUAAGCUCACGAGCAGUCAUGUAGUCAUGGAUCUACAUAUAAUAAUUUCAGAGUACCUACCGCAGUUGUCGCUGCGGUUUUAAUGUUA